AUGGAAGGACUCGGAAUGCCAGAAGGAUUUGACGAGGCAAUUUACCUAAUUGAAAUUAACGACUGCGUAAAAGACUACUUGCGCAAGGUCAUGAAGCCCAAGGUCAAGUUCACCACUAUUUCUGGAAGGUCUACACUUCAGCUCGAGACUUCGACUGGAAUUCCAAUUCAAAUACCAGACGGGACAGCCUACGAUGGCAUAAAGGACGCCAAAAGAGAAGCUCUUGUUAAGUUCCUAAACAAAC